GAGUCUCAGGUUUAUUGCUUGACCUUGAGCUGGAAUCUCAAAAACCCAAAACGAAGGAGCCAGUUUUCCAUUCUCUGAAUCCUUUUUAUAAAACUUUCUCAUAUGGGUAUGGAUUUCCACAUAAUACAAAAAUCCACAAGCACGGAAAGCAAAAAAACAUGGAGGUUCUUCAUUUCACUGGCCAUGAUUUUUCUCUUUGGAGAAAUGACAAGAUAGUGAUUUUUGAUAAAGGAUUUGGGAAAAGCAAGGGCUUUGAUGCUCAAGACUUAUCCAGAGAUUAUGGAAGUAGUACAUUAGCAAGCAUUUGGCUUUACACUGCUGUGGUCAGUUCUUGCAGUUUAGUAGAUGGUAAAAGAUUAGUUUUUAAUUCAGCAACAAUGUAUAAUAGGCCUU